UGUCAACCAAGGCCCUGUUGCUAAUCAGAUACUAUUAUAUACCUUGUUUGACCUGUUGCAUGACUGGCUGGUAUUGAAGUACGCAGUGUACAGGCUACAGGGCCCAAAACUACGGGCAGACGCCACAGACUGUUGCAGAGGUGGCUUUUGAACUCAGCAUUCAAUGCUUUUACAAUUGUUCAUCCCUGUUUGGCACAGAUGAUCUCAGUUACUGUGACUAAGAUCUUGCGGGGAUUGCAUUUUCUUCUCAAAACUCUGAGUUUAGCUGCUUUGCUCGAGCCCUCCCACUUUGCCCAAUCUCGCAGCAAAACGAUGGCGCCCAAGAAGCGACCUGCCGCCAAGAUCGAAGAAAGCAUCACCAUCAGUGGUGGUACGUACAUUGAGGAGCAUGGCUUGAAGGACUUCCUGGCAAAGGCUCUUGCAGAGAUCGAGGACCAGAAACCAGCAGAUCCUUUCAAGCAUUUGCAGACUUUGUUGGAAGAGAAUGGCUCCAAAAAGGCCAAGAAAGAUGCCUGCUGGAUGGCCUUUCCCUCCCCCGGUGAUGUGUGCUAUCGAGAGGCCGCCCGACAGCGCGCAGACGCCAUCAUGGCCUCACCGGAUGGAUUUCCGGGCGUCGCGCAGAUCGUGUGCAACGGCGAGAGGUCGUUUCCGAUUGAUCCCAAGGACACGGCAUUGGUGCUGAUUGACAUGCAAACGGACUUCUUAGAGCCCAAUGGUCGUGUGGGAGGCCACUAUAAAGACCUCACCGCUGUGCGCUCGGGCAUGCCGGGCUGCGAACGACUCCUGAAGAUGUGCCGCGAUGCCGGCCUCACCAUCGCACACAGCCGCUCGAGCCGUUAUGGCUCGCUGGUGCGGUCAGAAUUGGUGGGCACGGAUGAUGAAGGAUAUGAACUUCAUCCCACGUUCCGCGCACGAGAAGGCGAGAUUGUGGUUGACAAGUGGACCUUCGGUGCCUUUGCAUCGACCUUUUUGGAGCGGGAGCUGAUGGCCAGAGGCGUCAAACGAAUUUUGCUUUGUGGAGUGCUGACCAACGUUUGCGUAUUCGCCACGGCAUCACAGGCUGUGGAUCGCUUCAUUUCGGUUUGCUUGGUGCAGGAUGCUUGUGCUGCCUUCAACACUGAUUGGCAUCAGAAAGCGCUGGACCUCAUCAAUCAGCCGCAGACACAACCAGGUCACAAGCGUGCGGUGGGGCUCUACUUCGGAGAAGUCACCCAGGUUGACAAGGUUGAAGCGGCACUAAAGAGCCUGAAGUGAUUUGGUGAUAUGAUCAGGUGAUGAUCAGAGCCUGAAAUGGGCGGUUUUAUGUUUUCCUACACUUUUCACUCCUCGCUUGUACCUGCGAGACUGAAGG